AUGUCCUCGAUUUUAUUAACCGCAAGAAAGCGUCGUAUACUGGGUGUGGCAGCUUUGUGCUUAUUUAUCAUAUUGCUCAUUUCCGUGACAGGAACUGCAACCAGUGGUAAGCAGCAAGCGCUAGCGAAAGUGCAAAGUACACUUCAAGAAGGUUCUCAAAGUUCAUCUGAUCCAUCUAAACUGGUGCCGGAGAAUGUGGUAAACGAAGAUGAUGGCUCAAAGAGUGGCAAAGUUGGUGAUUCGUAUAACCAAAAUUCCAAAGGACAAGAAGAAAAUGAGGAGGAGCCAAUAAGAGUGAAUACAAAGAAGCUUAACAACGCCAAUGAAAUGGUUAAGGAUGAGAAAUCGGGUAUCAUAGAUGAGUCCAAGGUGAAACAAGCUGAGGAAAACAAAGGCUCCUUAGGUGAUAUUCCACUUAUGGCUGGUGAUGAUGCUGCCGUUGCAGCUGCCGCUGGCAGAGCAAAGCAAGGCCAAGGUGAUGAAAAUUCGGAUGAGUCAAGUUUGCCUUCGUCUUCUGAUUCCAAAAAGGAAAAUGGUGCACAAUUGAAAGGUGAUGAUACAUUAAGAGAAGCAGUGAGUUCUGAGGAUGUGGGUUCUUCUGCAACUGCGCCACCAGUCACUGCAAUUCAGGCUGAUAAGCAGCUCCGUAGCUCCAGAAAGAAGCCUGAGGUGGAGGAGGAUAAUGUACUUGUGGAUGUGGAAGAUGAUGAAGAUCAGCAAGCAGAUGAGUCUAGCGAAUCAAAUAAGGAGUUGAAGCAGCAGCUUGAUAAUGAUGUGGAAGAUUCGUUUGACUCGAAGGAAAAGAAAGAGAAAAAGGAGAAGGGUUUUGAUGCAGCUAGAGAAUUCCAAGAGAUUAUGCAGUUAUCACCUGUGGUUAUCUUUUCUAAAACAUACUGUCCAUAUUCCAAAGGUCUCAAGGAAUUGUUAAAGAGCAGCUACGAGAUCACUCCAUCUCCAGCGAUUGUGGAGCUAGAUAUGCACAAAUACGGACCCCAGUUACAGGAAUAUGUCGGUAAAAGAACCGGCCGUAGAACUGUUCCUAACCUGAUGGUUAAGGGUGUUAGUCGGGGUGGAUUCGAUGACAUCAUAGAACUUCACAAGGAGGGAACAUUUGUCAAGAAUUUCAUGGAGUGGGCUGGAAACGCUGCUAAGAUCGAGAAAAUCAAUGCUCCAUCUAACAGUUGA